CACCCCUCCUCAGCCUCCGGCGCGGCGCAGGGAGGAGCAGGGCGCCUGUCGCGCCGACCAGCGCCCGGAGCGGGAGCCCGGAGCCCGGAGCCCACAGCCGCGCGCCCGCGCCCUCCCAGCCCGAGCGCGAGCGCGGAGCCCGCGGGGCAAAGGCUCGGCGGCCGGCCGGCGGGCGACAGUCUCUGGCUCCGUCGCUCGCUCCCUACGAUAAGGGGAGGCCAAGAUGAAGACGCUCCAGGGAGCUCACCUCCGCAAGCCUGUCACCCCAGACCUGCUGAUGACACCCAGUGACCAGGGCGAUGUCGACCUGGACGUGGACUUUGCUGCCGACCGGGGGAACUGGACAGGCAAGCUGGACUUCCUGCUGUCCUGCAUCGGCUACUGUGUGGGCUUGGGCAACGUAUGGAGGUUCCCCUAUCGCGCCUACACCAAUGGCGGAGGCGCCUUCCUCGUGCCCUACUUCCUCAUGCUGGGCAUCUGCGGCAUCCCUCUAUUCUUCUUGGAGCUCUCUCUGGGCCAGUUCUCCAGCCUGGGCCCUCUGGCUGUCUGGAAAAUCAGUCCCCUCUUCAAAGGUGCCGGCGCCGCCAUGCUGCUCAUCGUGGGCCUGGUGGCGAUCUACUACAACAUGAUCAUCGCCUACGUCCUCUUCUACCUCUUCGCCUCCCUCACCAGCACCCUGCCCUGGGAGCACUGCGGUAACUGGUGGAACACCGACCUCUGCCUGGAGCACCGCGGCUCCCAGGGUGGCAACGGGGCCCUGCCCGCCAACCUCAGCAGCACGGUCAGCCCCAGCGAGGAGUACUGGAGCCGCUACGUUCUCCACAUGCAGGGCAGCCAGGGGAUCGGGAGCCCCGGGCAGCUCCGCUGGAACCUCUGCCUGUGCCUACUGCUCUCCUGGGUCAUCGUGUUCCUCUGCAUCCUCAAGGGGGUCAAGUCCUCGGGCAAGGUGGUGUAUUUCACGGCCACAUUCCCUUACUUCAUCCUGCUCAUGCUGCUGGUCCGUGGCGUCACCCUUCCAGGGGCCUGGAAGGGCAUCCAGUUCUACCUGACGCCUCAGUUCCACCACCUGCUCUCUUCCAAGGUGUGGAUCGAGGCUGCCCUGCAGAUCUUCUACUCGCUAGGUGUGGGCUUCGGGGGCCUCCUCACCUUCGCCUCCUACAACACCUUUCACCAAAACAUCUACAGAGACACCUUCAUCGUGACGCUGGGCAAUGCCAUCACCAGCAUCCUGGCUGGCUUUGCCAUCUUCUCUGUGCUGGGCUACAUGUCUCAGGAGCUGGGCGUGCCUGUGGACCAAGUAGCCAAAGCAGGCCCCGGCCUGGCCUUUGUUGUCUACCCGCAGGCCAUGACCAUGCUGCCGCUGUCACCCUUCUGGUCCUUCCUGUUCUUCUUCAUGCUUCUGACGCUGGGCUUGGACAGCCAGUUUGCCUUUAUGGAGACCAUCGUGACGGCGGUGACGGAUGAGUUCCCUUACUACCUGCGGCCCAAGAAGGCUGUGUUCUCCGGGCUCCUGUGUGUGGCCAUGUACCUGAUGGGGCUGAUCCUCACCACCGAAGGGGGCAUGUACUGGCUGGUGCUUCUGGAUGACUACAGCGCCAGCUUCGGGCUGAUGGUGGUGGUGAUAACCACGUGCCUUGCUGUCACCCGCGUGUAUGGUGUCCAGAGGUUCUGCCGUGACAUCCACAUGAUGCUGGGCUUCAAGCCCGGGCUCUAUUUCCGGGCCUGCUGGCUGCUCCUAUCCCCAGCCACACUCCUGGCCCUGCUGGUGUACAGCAUCGUCAAGUACCAGCCCUCGGAGUACGGCAGCUACCGCUUUCCAGCCUGGGCGGAGCUGCUGGGCAUCCUGAUGGGCCUGCUGUCCUGCCUGAUGAUCCCGGCCGGCAUGCUGGUGGCUGUGCUCCGAGAGGAAGGCUCGCUCUGGGAGCGGCUCCAGCAGGCCAGCCGGCCAGCCAUGGACUGGGGCCCUUCCCUGGAGGAGAACAGGACCGGCAUGUACGUGGCCACGCUAGCCGGGAGCCAGUCGCCCAAGCCACUGAUGGUGCACAUGCGCAAGUACGGCGGCAUCACCAGCUUCGAGAACACGGCUACCGUGUUGGGUGGCUAA